GGGAAAGAGAAAGCUGAAGGUAACAGGGAACGAGGCUCUUGGGAUGUUCUAACUUUACUGAAGAAAGCUGGUUUCUGUGUGCCGCUGCAGAGCCAACACUUAGAGUUAGAGAUCUGAAGCCUUGACAGACUCCAAACCAGUUUGUUUGGCUGAUGUCCAUUUUUGCAGUGGUGUGACGAACUGGAUUUCUCUCAACUCUAUUUAUAAGGACUCCUUCUCUACUGUUAUGGGAAUCCGCCAUCUUGGUGCCAACUAGUCGUCUUCCCGGAGAGACUCCAUCUCCACCCCUGAAUCAUUUCAUGUCCCAUGAUAUGCAAGUGUUCUUUUCAGGCGAAAUUAUGAUCCUGUUGCUGAAGUGAGGUGUUCUUCAAGAAGACACAUUCUUAUUGAAGAAUUGUGGUGGCCAUAUUGUCACUGUGCCCCAGAAACAACCAAAGCUCACGUUCAUUUGUAGCUAUGCCCCGUCUGUCUCCUCCCUCUCCGCCCUGCCUUUCUCCUCGCUCAGUCUUUUUUGUUGGACUGCUGCUCCUGAUCCAUUGGGGGCCCUCAGAGGUCAAGUGUCAGAAUGACACAGAGCCAAUCGUGUUAGAGGGAAAGUGUCUUGUGGUGUGCGACUCCACUCCCUCUGCGGAGCCAUCGGGUAACGCUCUGGGCAUGUCGGUGAGGUCAGGAACCGGUCGGGUGGCGUUUUCAGCCAUCCGAAACACCAACCACGAACCCUCCGAGAUGAGCAACCGCACCAUGACCAUCUACUUUGAUCAGAUCCUAGUAAAUGUUGGCAGCCAUUUUGACCCGGCGAGAAGUAUCUUUGUGGCCCCUAGAAAAGGAGUCUACAGUUUCAGCUUUCAUGUUGUCAAAGUGUACAACCGGCAGACGAUACAAGUGAGUUUGGUUCUCAACGGCUGGCCGGUGAUUUCAGCCUUCGCAGGUGAUCAGGACGUGACUAGGGAAGCUGCCACCAAUGCCGGCCUGGUGAUGAUGGAGGGAGGGGACAAGACUUACCUCAAACUGGAGAGGGGGAAUCUAAUGGGAGGCUGGAAGUACUCCACUUUCUCCGGGUUUCUGGUGUUCCCCUUGUAGAUCAGGGUUGAGGUAGGAUUAUGUUCUUGGGUUCAGGGGUUUGGAGGAGUUUGACAGGAAAGGGGGAAGCAUUAAUGGAGAAACGUUGAAUUCAAUCAAACUGUUUUGAUGCAUAUGUCAGAUGAAUGGGUGAGAUCACUCAGAAAGUAAUUUUCCAUUUCCAUCGCACUUCUAUGGCUAACUGUUGUCUGACCACUGUAAUGUGUCGUAUAUGCUUGCUUACCAGAGGUGUCAGCCUGUCAGAGGUUUAUGAUUUUCUUUUAAUGCAUGAAAUACAGGAUAGCAAAUCUUUGUGGCAAUAAAGAAAAUGAUUGUGUCGAUUCUCUGCCUCGUUUGGCACAAACGUCCACUUGAACUUAAGGAUGAACUGAUUUGAUUUUGGUGGACAAAGGUCAAUGUCACUGUGACCUCACAAAACACGUGUUUGGCCAUUUCAAGAAUUUCAAACAAAUGUCUAAUAGGAUAAAAUGAUGAAGUGAGGACAUUUUGGAUGGACAUGGAUGUAGAAGAAGU